AUGCAGUCCCCGUUCCGGCGCGGCGCGGCAGCGCCGAUGACGAUGCUGUCGCUGCCGGUCAAGACGCCGAUGGACUGCAUGUCCUGCGAGAAGCAGAGCACGACGGCUUUCGAGAAGGACGUCGACCUGGGGCCCUUGGUCCGCUGCCGCCACCUCCUCGUCCUGUCCUACUCGGACAAGAAGACGGCCCCCAGCGUGCGCGCCGAACGCCUCCGCGCCUACCUCCGCGAGCUCGACGCCGUGGCGCCGCGCUUCGACGCGGCGAUCGCGCGGACGGGCCGGAAGCACCUCUGCCUCGCGUGGCGCGACGCCGGGCCUUUCUCGCUCCGCAGGACGUACACGUCCCUGUCGAGCGAGCGCGCGGUGGCGCUGUUCGCGCUGGCGGUGGAGGAGACCCGCGCGGCGGCGGAGGAGGACAGGCGCGAGCCGGACGGGAUCCGGCGCGCGUGCGCCGCGCUCUGCGACGCGGCGGGCUUCCUGAGGGCCUCGGCCUCGGAGGGGUCGUCGUCGGGAGGAGACAGGGCCUCCGGCGGCGGCGACCGGCUGAAGCACGUGUCCGGCGCGUGCACGGCGGCGUUCGAGGUGCUGGUGCUCGCGCAGGCGCUGGAGUGCUACUUCGAGCUCGCCGUCGCCGGGGGCAAGCCGCUGGCGCUGUGCGCCAAGGUCGCGCAGCAGGUGGGCCUGGACUACGACCGCGUGCAGGGGUACAUGGCGACGGCGCCCGACAUGGACAAGGCGUGGAUGGUGCACGCGCAGGCGAAGGCGGCAUACUUCCGAGGCGACGCGUGCCUCCGGUCGGCAAAGGUGCUGCGCGAGAAGGGCGACGGCGACGGUGUGGGCGAGGCGAUCGCGCGGCUCAGGCAGGGGCUGGAGUCCCUGGACGUCGCCAAGGGCGCGCUCUGGAAGGUGGCGGGGCCGGUGCGGGACGCGACCAAGCGGCUCAGGAAGGAGAUUGAGACCGAUCUUGCGGCGGCCGAGCGCGACAACUGCAGGAUCUACUACGCGCGCGUGCCGUCUGCGGCGGCGCUCGCCGAGCUGCCCGGGCUCCCGCAGCCGCUCGUGCGGCCCACCGCAGUGGAGAAGAUCCUCCCGCAGGGAGCGGAGACCAUCGCAGCGGCGGCGGGUGAACAAAAGGCAAGCUAG